AGUAGUAACACUCUUUUUCCUUCUUAAGCAUUUCUUCCCUAUUCUAGUCCACUGUAUACAUAUAAGCUCUCCCCACCCUUUUCCUUUUUGGACUACCGAAGAGAUGAAGGUGUACAAAUAACUAGCUAUUGCAUAAUAAAAGAAAGAAAUAUUUGUGAUGAUGUCUGGAGAAAUCGAAGAGAUAGGAGAAGAUGGAAAGAGUGUAACAAUUAGCAGCAAAUUAGAUGGUGGAAAAAAAUAUAUCUAUAUUGCUGUUGGCAAAAAUGACUUGCAUGUUCUUCAAUGGGCACUUGAUAAUGCCAUCUCUCCAGGAGUUCACAUAUGCCUUGUCCAUGUUUUCCCUCCCAUAACCUACUUCCAUACCCCAGUUGGGAAGUUAUCAAGAAACCAGUUGAGCCAAGAGCAGGUGAAAGUCUACAUCAAUGAAGAGAAUAACAGGAGGAAAAAUCUCUUGGAAAAAUACAUGUGCCUCUGCAAUGAUGCCAAAAAGGGCGCAAGUGUACCUAUAGAUACUAUGCUUGUAGAGAGCAACUCACCAUCUAAAGCAUUACUCGACCUUAUCUCUGUUGUCAACAUAACCAGCCUUAUAGUUGGAACUAAGCGAUCAACUUCCACAGGGAAGGGACAAGGAAUAGGUGAUUUUGUACAAAAAAAUGCACCAGAUUCCUGUGUGGUUACGCUGGUUUGUGCUGGAAAAAGGAUUAAGAAGGAUCAAGUGCAACAACUAAAAGAGAGUUGUAAUUCUUACUCUACUCUUGGAUAUAGGCAUUCCAAAAGGAAUUUAUUUGAAUGCAUAUGCUUUUCCGGCAAGUUCGAUUGAGAUGUAGCAAGCAAAUAGGUAAAGAGUUUAUACUCUAGUUGUAGCGGUGUGAGUCUUUUGAUUCUUGAACUAUAAUUUGGGUCUCUCUGUCCUCUUAUGUAAUAGAAGAGAUAAUCGGAAAGAGCUGGGCACCUCUUGUA